CCACACACGCUUGACACCAUCUGAUCCAAAUCAGUUGAUCUUGGUCUCAUCAGACCAUAGGACAUGGUUCCAUUGAUCCAUGUCCUUAGUCUGCUUGUCAUCUGUUUGCGGGCUUUCUUGUGCAUCACGUAGAAGACAUUUACUUCUGGGACAACAGCCAUGCAGACCAAUUUGAUGCGGUGUGCGGCUUAUGGUCUGAGCACUGACAAGAUGACCCCACACCCCUUAAACCUCUGCAGCAAUGCUGGCAGCACUCAUAUCUCUAUUUCCCAAAGACAACCUCUGGAUAUGACGCUGAGCACGUGCACUCAUCUUCCUUGGUCGACCAUGGCGAGGCCUGUUCUGAGUGAAACCUGUCCUGUUAAACCGCUGUAUGGUCUUGGCAAUCUUCUU